GCUUUUCAUAUAAGUAGAGUGCCUGGACGUACUAUGCAUUGGUUGCUAUCAUUUAUACGUGAUGAGGCUACCUGGCUAUUACAAAUUGAAGAUCAUAGCAUCCUUAAUACUCAAGAUGUGCAACCAGAAAAUAUCUCUUCUUUUUUAACUGAACAGUUUGGCAAAGCUAAAAGCACCCUAAUGUAUGAAGAUCUCGAAUUUUCUCGCUUAGUGGAAGGAUUCUCUAAAAUUACGAAUAUUCCAAUAGGUCUUGGUUUUACUAAUGAUGAAAUUCUUACAGAACAAAA